AUGGAAAAGCUGGUGGCAGAGUGUGAGCUCGACUGCCCUGACGAGAAGCAGAUUCAGGUUUUCGAAAAGUGUCUUGCACUGUUGCGACCUGAUUGUGAUGCACGUAGCAAAUCGUUAGCAUGGUUGCUGUUAUCGAAGAUUGUUGAGAAAUGCAGUUCCCAGUGUCUUCGAGCUGUACAGUCACGUCUGGGAAAGAAAUUAGCUGAUGUCAAGAAUGACCCAAACAUUUAUAGCGGUCUUUUUGUACGAGAGUUGCUUAUCAGAAAUCCCCAGGUGGGAAACCUGCAUGCAGAUCUCGUUCAAGACAUCAUAUUGCGGUUCAUUGAUAUGGCCGCGACGAGCAGUGAUUCAACUAUCAGGAAGCUUUGCACUGAACUUUAUGCCAUUCGUUAUGGUUGUGAUGCACAGAUGUCCCAGAGACUCUUGGCCACACUUUCUGCUGCCAUUUCUAAUCGCCUGUUGUCUCAAGAAGAGCGGGCAGUCGUGCUUGAUCUUAAAUCGCUCGGAAUUUCCUCUUUGCGUAAUGAUCUUUGCAAGCUUCUUUUCGACAUAUUCUCUUCGGCUCUCUCUCGUGCGAAGCAAGGUCAGUAUAUCACAUGCGAACCUGUUAUGAAAAUUUUGGAUGAUGCUCUUAACGAUACUUCGCUGUGCGAUGCAGCGUUGACUACAAUCCAGUCUAUCUGUGAAAACGGAAGGCACUCAGCGUUACCUAUUAUUCCUCGAAUGGUUUUGAUGCUGAUUUCUAAGUUGGACUCGAAUAGUAGUACUUUGUACGAGACCUUGGCGCAUAUAUGCAGACUCUAUGGUCCUGGUUCAACAUUGUUUCGACAUUUCUACGAGAUUUUCAGUUCUAUGAAACAUCCAUUGGAAGAGCAGGACUACGGUUCUUCGGCUGGUCAUUUGUUGUCGGCAAUCAUUGAAACCUCGGCGUUUUUGAUCAAACCCGAGGUUUUGAUCUCGAUACAACGGAAAAUAUGCGAGGAGAUUCUCCGAAAACCUGAGUCUGUUGUGUAUCGAGGGGUAUUAAUAUCAUUCCUCAGUUGCAGUCACGAAUUAGUCGCGGCCCCCGUACAGGUCGCGCGUACCGUCAUAGCCAGAUGUGCGGAUACAACGGACCUACAAACGCUUCGAUCGCUAUGUGAUGUAUUGACAAGGCCACGAAUCCAGGUACUACAGUGGAGCAUUUUUUGGAAUAUACCAUCUAAUUCUUCGAUUUGUUCUCUCUUUUUAUGA